AUGCUAAUCAACGCGAUUCGGUGGAUGGACGCUUCGAUAGUGAACCCCGUGGCUGCGCGGCUCGCUGGGUCCGUGGCCAAUCCAGCUGUUUUGAGCUUUUUGCUGUGGGAUCGAGUCAAGACACUGACGCCGCAGCGUGCACGGGACUUGAUGCGACUGCUGACGACUGCAAUGACCGACGCUCUUGGCGUGUUUGGGGCCGAGAAGGGUCAGCAGCUCCGAGCGAGUUCCAAGCAGCUGCAGAAGGACUUUUUGUGUGCUGCCGUGUCUCGCAAUGGUCGUGACGUGGUGCUGAAUAGCGUGGCGACAGUGGCCAAGGUAGCGCAAGCUCUUAACACGCCCGAGACCAAGUCGGCCACGCAGCAGCUGGUCCAUACGGUGCAGUCGGUCGUGGAUUUCUUUGCGAGUGAUGAAGGACGGCGCGUUAUUGAGACUAUGGGCGAGUGUGUUACCCGUGUUACGGACAUGGCAGCGUCGCCGGAGGCCUCGAUUUUCCUGGCUGAGCUGGCCACGAAUCUCUUGCAUUCGCUCGAGAGCGAGGAGAUACGAAAGCAACAGGAGACUGUGAGCAAAGAUGAUGGGAAAACCAACAAACAGGGAGCGCAAGAAUAUCGAGACGUAGAGAAUGAACUUGAGCGGCAGCGCGAGAUGGAGAUGAACGGGGAAACGACUGGCAAGCGUUUGGACUCAUCGACAUCCUCAGCUACCGAUGCUCGAUGUAGUUUGGAUGCGGAAUCGAGGUCAUCGUCUGCACCAGGAACAACGCGUCGUCAAAGUUUGUUGGCAUCGCCUGCAGAGAGAAAUAGCAGCUAUCGCUCAGCACGCAUUGAAAAGGAGGUGUUGAUAUCAAUGGGAGUGGACCCGUCGAUGCUUGGCGAGAUCCAGCGUGCGCUUGAUACUAUUGCUGCAAAGGAAGAAGAGGAAGAGCGUGCGACAAUGCAGCGUCGGCGUGAAGAAGCCGAAUAUGUUGCGGGUUUAGUGCGCCCGCAUUCGGUGACGACGACGAAGGAGGCGCGGACCGAUGAGGUGGUUGAUAAAGACAAUGGAGGCGAGAACGUCCCACCAUCCGUGCUGAUUCCCGAGUGGCACGAGGAGCCGUUUCGAAAAGCCCUACACCGACGCCAUGCGCACGCUGAAAAGGUGGCCGAGCAACGUGAUCCGUUCGAUCACCAGGCGCGUAAGAUGGCUGCCGUGCUGGUUCAACGUAAUGCGAAUCGUGGGAAUUUGCAACCUGGUGAUAUUGUGGCAUGCCGAUUUAUUGCACGGGUGAUCAUCUAUGGUGUGGGUGUGUUCGUGCUGCUGAUGGGCUACCUGUUCGGUCGUCACUUUUUUGGUUGA